AGCUCGCCUAGUUCCAUGCCAUGUCUGUCAGAUGCCACCCUCGAAUUCUCACCAUCUGUGGGGAAAGCAAGUCAAAGCCUUAGCCUAUAUGACCAGCCUCCUCUAUAUGGAAUCGACCCCCAAAUAUUUAUUGAUCCUAAGGACUGUGUUAGCAUGCAUGUGCAUCACAUGAGAUAAACUCUGCACCUGGGCUUAUUUUUUAUUACUAACUUUGGGAACAGAUUGGUUUCAAUAUGCUUUGGAAAUAUGGAUUCCUUGUUCUUACACUGUUCGUCUUCACUCUCCAUGCCACAGGAAUUAAAGAGAGGAAUAAUCGGGGCUCUUGGCAGAGAGGAGUUAUCGGGACAGAAACAGAAACCAUCAAUUCUAUGCACUUGGUUGAACUUUUGAGAACGACCAAACAAAACUCUAAUGUCAGAACAAUAUUUGACCUGGAAAAGCAUCGGACGAAGAGGUCAGCGGUCUUCCACUCUGGAGUGAGAGUCUGUCCUCAGGAGACCAUCAAUGAGGUCAUCGCCAGCCAUCAAGCCUACUACAAGCUCAGAGUUUGUCAGGAGGCUGUGUGGGAGGCCUUCCGGAUCUUCUUUGACCGGAUCCCUGGAACUACAGAAUAUACAACAUGGGUUCACACAUGUCAACAUGAGUCUCUGUGCCUCUCUGACCUGGCCACUAACUUCAGCAACUCAGAGGAGCACAUGAGUAUGGUGUACAGGAGGAUGAACCUGCGAGAUGAGAGGCAGCCGACUGGAGUGGUAGCAGCCACAACCACAGCAGCACCGGAGGUUGCUGAUAUAACAGGUCCAGAGGAGGCCCAGACUGCAGCACCAGAACCACCUGCUCCUGUAACCAGCGAUGCCAGCGUCCCUGAUGCUCCUGAGGUUACAGUUGAAGAAGAAACUGCGGAGGAGGAGGACUCUGAGCUGCCCAACGUUGUCCCGGAGCAGCCUGUGGAGGAGAUAGUGGAGUUCAGCAUUGACCUGGUGGACCCAGGCUACAAGGAACUACUGGACGACCCUGACUCCCCCCAAUAUGUUGACCUCUCUCAUCACCUGCAAGACCAGAUGCUCCAUGUUUUUGACAAACUCCCAGGAUUUAAAGAGAUCAGUGUUUUGGGAAUCAGUGAGACCCAGGAGAAUGACGGACCUGGAGGAGUGACAGUGCACUAUUCCCUGGUCUUUGAGAGAAUUUCAACAGAAGUUUCAGAGGAUGACACAGGGACUCCAGCGUCAGCUGUGCCCAGCCUGCGGGAAAUGGUUGCCAAGGCUUUGAGUGAAGAGGCCUCUCUACCAGUGGAUCUACAGUCAUUAAACUUUGAACCAGUAAAAGUGAUUCUACUAACUACAACACCUGUUGAGGAAGCUGUUGAGGAAGUGAUUGAAGAUUCCAGUGAGCCAUCAAUCCACAAUGACCUGGAAAUAGCCACAGAUGAGCCAGAGAUUGCUGGGGAGAAGCCUCGUCUGGAUGUUCCACUUGGCCCUGUGGAAAAGGAAAAUGCUCUCGUCACCCUCCUGGACUCUACAGACAUUCCAGAUGAUGAAGAAGAAGAAGUAGAAGAAGAAGAAGAUGCACCACCAGAGAGAGGGGAUGUGCCCUACAUCUACGAGGAUACUAGUGAUGAAUUUGUGGACAUUGAUGAGAGUGAGUCUGAAGCAACAACUGAACCAGAGGAAGAGGUGCCAUUUAUCACACACAUGAUUGAAACCAUCCAUGCCAUUGAUGAGGGAACUGGUGAGCUUGUGAGAGACUAUUUCCCAUCCCCUCCUGCUGAGGACUCUGCUGCUGAGCCCAGCAUUCCAGAGGAAUACCCUGAGCCACCUUUUGGCAAUUUAGUCCCUACUAAUGGGUACCCUGUCUUACCCCCUGAGGAUUUGGAUAUUACCUCCGUUCCUGAAAUAGAAAGUAUAGAAACUGAUGCUCCAGUUGAACUCCCUCCUAACUUGAUAUCAGAGGAGAAGGCUGUUGUUGAGGAGGAGGCUGAGCCUACUCCAACCCCUCAGAUUCUGCUCACCACAUCCACAGCCACUGAAGAAGAGCCGUCUGACCCUGGAUUACAUGUAACGACUCUCUCAGCCAUCACAGAUCAGCCUAUCGCUGAAGCAAUAGAGGACCUUGAAGUUGAGGAGAAUCUUAUUCCGAUUGAAGAGGAAGAGGUUGAGGAACCAGAACCAGAACCUGAGGAAGAGGUAGUUGAGAUCUCAGGACCUGAGGAAGAGGUAGUUGUGGAAUCAGAGGAAGAUGUAGUUGUGGAACCUGAGGAAGAGGUAGUUGUGGAACCAGAGGAAGAGGUAGUUGAGGAACCAGAACCUGAGGAAGAGGUAGUUGAGGUCUCGGAACCUGAAGAAGAGGUAGUUGAGGUCUUAGAACCUGAGGAAGAGGUAGUUGAGAUCUCGGAACCUAAGGAAGUGGUCAUUGUGGAAUCAGAGGAAGAGGUAGUUGUGGAACCAGAGGAAGAGAUAGUUGAGGAACCAGAACCUGAGGAAGAGGUAGUUGAUGAACCAGAACCUGAGGAAGAGGUAGUUGAGGAACCAGAAACUAAGGAAGAGGUAGUUGAGGAACCAGAACCUGAGGAAGAGGUAGUUGAGCAACCAGAGGAAGAGGUAGUUGAGGUCUCGGAACCUGAGGAAGAGGUAGUUGAGGUCUCGGAACCUCAGGAAGAGGUAGUUGAGGAACCAGAGCCUGAAGAGGGGGUAGUUGAGGUCUCAGAACUUGAGGAAGAUGUAGGUGAGGAACCAGAGCAUGAGGAAGCGGUAGUUGAGGAACCAGAGCCUGAGGAAGAGUUAGAGGGGGAACCAGAGCCUGAGGAUGGGGUAGUUGAGGUCUUGGAACCUGAGGAAGAGGUAGUUGAGGUCUUGGAACCUGAGGAAGAGGUAGUUGAGCAACCAGAACCUGAGGAAGAGGUAGUAGAGGAACCACAGCCUGAGGAAGAGAUAGUUGAGGAACCAGAAACUGAGGAAGAGGUAGUUGAGGAACCAGAACCUGAGGAAGAGGUAGUUGAGCAACCAGAGAAAGAGGUAGUUGAGGUCUCGGAACCUGAGGAAGAGGUAGUUGAGGUCUCAGAACCUGAGGAAGUGGUAGUUGAGGUCUUAGAACCUGAGGAAGAGGUAGUUGAGAUCUCGGAACCUAAGGAAGUGGUCGUUGUGGAAUCAGAGGAAGAGGUAGUUGUGGAACCAGAGGAAGAGGUAGUUGAGGAACCAGAACCUGAGGAAGAGGUAGUUGAUGAACCAGAACCUGAGGAAGAGGUAGUUGAGGAACCAGAAACUGAGGAAGAGGUAGUUGAGGAACCAGAACCUGAGGAAGAGGUAGUUGAGCAACCAGAGGAAGAGGUAGUUGAGGUCUCGGAACCUGAGGAAGAGGUAGUUGAGGUCUCGGAACCUCAGGAAGAGGUAGUUGAGGAACCAGAGCCUGAAGAGGGGGUAGUUGAGGUCUCGGAACUUGAGGAAGAGGUAGUUGAGGAACUAGAGUCUGAGGAAGAGGUAGGUGAGGAACCAGAGCAUGAGGAAGUGGUAGUUGAGGAACCAGAGCCUGAGGAAGAGGUAGAGGGGGAACCAGAGCCUGAGGAAGAGGUAGAGGGGGAACCAGAGCCUGAGGAGGGGGUAGUUGAGGUCUUGGAACCUGAGGAAGAGGUAGUUGAGGUCUUGGAACCUGAGGAAGAGGUAGUUGAGGAACCAGAACCUGAGGAAGAGGUAGUUGAGGAACCACAGCCCGAGGAAGAGAUAGUUGAAGUAUCGGAACCUGAGGAAGAGGUAGUUGAGGUCUUGAAACCUGAGGAAGAGGUAGUUGUUGAACCUGAGGAAGAGGUAGUUGAUGAACCAGAACCUGAGGAAGAGGUAGUUGUGGAACCUGAGGAAGAGGUAGUUGAUGAACCAGAACCGGAGGAAGAGGUAGUUGAGGAACCAGAACCUGAGGAAGAGGUAGUUGAGGAACCAGAACCUGAGGAAGAGGUAGUUGAGGAACUUGAGGACGAGGUACUUGUGGAACCUGAGGAAGAGGUAGUUGUGGAACCUGAGGAAGAGGUAGUUGAUGAACCAGAACCUGAGGAAGAGGUAGCUGAGGAACCAGAACCUGAGGAAGAUGUUAGUGAACCACCAGCAGAAGAAAUUAAAAUCAUCCAACCUGUGGAUUCUGUAGAGGACACUCUCUUUGGAGAGGAAACUGAUCCUGUUGAAGAGGACAAUAUUGUGCCAAUAGAAGACCAGUCACCUGAGGAGGACAUGGAGGAACAGUUGCCUGAAUACCCCAGAUAUGAGGACAUCUACCCUGAAGAAGCUGUUGAUACUUUGGAAGAAUCAGAUCAUUCACCAGAGGACAGUGAUGUGGAAGAGGCUGCAUUGCCAGAGGUCAGUGAAGUGGAGAUAGCAGUGACAUCAGAACCCAUCCCAGACUCUACACCAACACCACCUGCAGAAUCUGACACUGUGCCUGAGGUACAUGUAACAGAGUCCGCUUCAGAGUUAGAGCCUAUGGAGGAGGAUGCUGAGGAGCCUGAGGUGGUUGUUAUCGAUGAAGAGGAGGCUGAAGAGGAGGUCAUGGAUGGCUCAGAACCUGAGGAUGAGAGCAUGCAAGACCUUGCAGACGAACUUGACCAAAUGGACCUGGUGAGCACAGAGGCCAUUGACCUUCCAGAGGCCAGUGGAUACCCAUUGGCUCCCAAAGAGCACCCCUUCGAGACCACAGCGUCUCCACCACUGAGAUACCUGACCACGCCCUCCAUGACCACGGCCAGUAAGGGCAGGGAGCUGGUGGUGUUCUUCAGUCUACGGGUCACCAACAUGAGGUUCUCAGAUGACCUCUUCAACAAGAGCUCUUCAGAAUACAGAUCCCUGGAGAACACCUUUGUGGAGCUGCUGCUGCCUUACCUGCAGUCCAAUCUAACAGGAUUCAAAAAGCUGGAGAUUCUCAACUUCAGGAACGGCAGCAUUGUGGUCAACAGCAAGAUGAAGUUCUCCAAGUCAGUGCCAUACAACGUGACCCAGGCCGUCCACUGUGUCCUAGAAGACUUUUGCAAUGCUGCUGCCAUGCGCCUCAACAUUGAGAUUGACAGUCACUCUCUGGACAUAGAGCCGGCUGAUCAAGCAGAUCCCUGUAAGUUCUUGGCGUGCAACGACUUCUCUCGCUGUGUGGUGAACCACUGGUCUCGGGAGGCCGAGUGUCUGUGUGACCCGGGCUACAUGACGUUGGAUGGCCUGCCCUGUCAGAGUAUCUGUGUCCUGCAGCCUGACUACUGCCAAAACGGGGGUCAGUGUGAGAUAGUACCUGGGCAUGGAGCCACUUGCAGAUACCCAGACAAGUAUACAAGUCUUCCAGGCCUGACAAGUUAAGAAAAUAGAGGGUUGAAUGACAUCAACACUACGUCUUGGGACUUGGUGACUGCAGAAGACGGCGUUUGGACCACUGAAGUAGGAACACAGGACUGUUUAUAAAGGAUAUUUAAUAGCUGAUGCAGUUAACGGACUAUGUCGUGACUGCAGAAAGACAUUGAUCUGCGGUCUUCUGAUGGACAGGCAGACACAACCCCUUCAUCUCAGCUUUCCAAAGCCUGUGCUUCACCUGAAAGGAUACUCCCCAAACUGUGGACAACCAUACUCAAUCAUUGUCAUCAGUGGACGACAAACGGAUGUGAUCAUUUUGCUACAUUUAACAAGUUGCUAAGGCACCCCAGGACAGCUAACUGCUUUUAUACAUAAUAUGCUGACAAUGUAGUAGUGAAAAUGUUUUUAAUUUAAAAUGCCAGAUGAAAAGUUAUGAGAAAUGUUUUCCUCAUAAUGAGGUAUGUAUGUUGCAAUGGAGUAUAGUUAAUAUCACAUACUGUACACCUGUGUGGGUGAUUUCUCUGUAAUGCUGUAUUGGUGUUGUUUUAUAAUUGUAAUAUUGAUAAUUAUUAUUGAUAAUUGUAUAAUGUCUGUCUCUGUAAUACUGUAAUGGUGUUAAUAUUUCCUCAGUGUCCUCAAACUGCUGUUCUGUACACAUCGGGGAAAUGAACUGCUCAUUCUCUUCAAUAGGGCUUUUUUAACAGUCAGUAUUUCCUAACAGAACUGUCUGUAUUUUUGCUGCUGUACCAAAACCAUGUUGAGGAAUAGGGUGAUGUCAAACACAAGGGGAAAAAGCAGUUGAGUGAAACAUGGAAUGCGUUUAUUUCAUCAGUUAGAAAUCAGCGUUAGAAAAGUGACAGUGAAAAGGCAGUAUCUGAGGAAUGAUUGUAAUGCGUGUUGAGAGAUACAGAGCAUAUCGAAGCCAGUCAGUCAUUUCUUGUACAUUACAAGUGAUAUUCCAGGAGGUCCCACAGUACAGUAGUAAACUCUGCUGUUCACAUCAGAAAUACAUAGGUCUAAACUGAAGAAGACAUGCUUUAGACCAGGGUUGCCCAACCCUGUUCCUGGAGAGCUACCCUCCUGUAGGUUUUCGCUCCCACCCCAGGUGUUACUAACCCG